AUGAAGGCCGUCGUCGUCAAAGGCAAAGGAGCGUACGUCGACCGGGACCGGCCCAAACCCACGCUGCGCGACGACUACAUCCUGGUCAAGACGGUGGCCGUGGCGCUCAACCCGACGGACUGGAAGCACUUCACGUUCGGUCUGGCAACGGACGGGUGCCUGGUCGGCUGCGACUUUGCCGGGGUGGUCGAGGCGGUCGGGCCGGCGGUGACCAAGGCGUUCCAGAAGGGCGACCGCAUCGCCGGCGUCGCGCACGGGGGCAACGCCGUGCAGCCCGAGGAUGGCGCCUUCGCCGAGUACGUCGUGGCCAAGGGCGACGUGCAGCUCAAGAUCCCGGCGUCGCUGGACUUUGCGCCCGCGGCCACCCUGCUCCUGGGCGUCACAACCGUCAUGCAAGGCCUGUACCAGAAGGCCCUCAAGAUCCCGUGGCCCACCAACCCCAUCUCCCACCAGGAGUACAUCCUCAUCUACGGGGGCAGUAGCGCCACCGGCGCGCUGGGCAUCCAGUUUGCGAAAUUAUCUGGCUACACGGUGAUCACGACGUGCUCGCCCCGCAACUUCGAGUACGUCAAGUCGCUGGGCGCGAGCCACGCGUUCGACUACAACGACAGCACGGCGGCGGCGCAGAUCCGCGACCUGACGGGCAACCAGCUCAAGCUGGCGUGGGACACGAUCAGCGAGGCGUCCAGCGCGCAAUUCUGCGCCGACGCGCUGACCAGCGACGGGUCCAAGGGCGCCACGUACGGCUCCAUCCUCCCCGUGACGUCGCCGCGGGCGGACGUCCACAGCGUCAGCACGCUGAUGUACACCAUCUUCGGCGAGGCGUUCGAGUUCGGGUCCAACAAGAUCCCCGCCGUUGCCGAGGACUUUGAGUACACCAAGAAAUUCGUCGCCAUGGUCGAGACCCUGCUGGCCGAAGGCAAGCUGCGGCCGCACAAGGAGCGCGUGGGCCCGCGCGGGCUGGAGGGCGUGUUGGAGGGGCUGCAGGACAUGAAGAAUGGGAAGGUCAGCGGGGAGAAGUUGGUGUAUUUGGUCGACGAGACGCCGUAG